UUGAGCCGCCACAAAUACGUGAGCUAUCCGCCCCCCAUUGAUGUAGUUUGUUCAACGUGUUAGGUCACAAAGGAGCCACUGUUCCGGUGUAGAUCUACAGCAAGGGCUGAGAAGCGAAUGAAAAUCUGGAUUAGAGCAGCGAUCGGUGUCUUACGUCUGAACAGGAUUCAUUUACGUACACUCCCCAACACGCCCAGCUUUGGCUUAUAAGUUUGAUUCGGCACGAAAGCUGGGUAGCCAGACGAGGGUAGCGCGGACCACUGUGAAACUUUGUGUGAUCCAACAGUUGUUUUCUGUGUUGUGUCCAUCGGAUUUCACCUCUGCCACAAGGCAUUAUUGUAUAAAACGUUGGUUUUAGCUAUGAUUGGACGUUCUGGGGAACCUAUACCGAAGGAAAUUGAACCUGGGGACAAGGUAAUUACUCCAGUACAGCAACACCAGUGUCCGACAGGCUUCCUUCCGACAUCGCCAGACGGUCACAGUCCAAGUACCCGACUUUUCCCCAAGCAACGGUCAAGAAAGGCUUCACUUCUUAAGCACACGAUGGUGUCGACAACCAUCCUCCAUGCGACUAUCUCCGCACUUCUCCUCCUACAAGUGGCAGUUUGUGUCCUGGCACAAAACUGUACGGUAAAAUGCACCGCCUGUACGACCGACAGAGAGGUCCAGUCCGGUAAAGUGGAGUUUGAUGUUGCAGAAUGUACACAGCAGUGCGGACAGGGUCGGGACGACGCACACAUGUGGAAGCUUUGUCGUAGCAUGGCUGCAUGGACCAGAAUGGAUGAUCCCACCGAAGAGUUAAUGAGCACGCUGAAGUGGCAGCACGUACUCGCUAUCGUGGUGUGUGUCGUGCUCAUCGCCUUCUGUAUCAUCGCUGCAGUUAUGGUCUACUGCGUGGGGUGUCGCAACCGCAGUAAAACGCCUACAGACAAGAUCCGCCGAUGUUCGUACAGCAGGGAGCCCGCCAGAACAGACGACGCGGACACAUCUAACCCAGUGUAGUGAACACAAAAGCACAAGCCGACUGUCGUUUUGGACAUAUACAUCAGAAUCUCCAUAAGAUCUUACAUGUAUCAUUUAGGAUUGGUUAGCUUCCUUUUCCCUAUGCAAAUUACAAUCCCCUCUCAACUGCCCUAAAUUAAAACUGACAUAACCAUAAAACCAUUCUGAUUACCAUUCUGAUUAAUAUUCAUAUUGAGUGAUAGCAGUCUAAAAUGAAAUUUCAAUAUUAAUUUUGACAUUAGAUAGAAAAAUCUGGAGAUUGUUUGAAACAAUCUGGAGAUUAAUUUGCAAACCUAGAAAAAUAUCCAGAUUAGUUGAAAUCUGGAGAUCGUUUGAAGUAAUCUGGAAACUUUUUGAAAUAACCUCCAGAUUUAAAAGUAUCUCCAAAUUUCAAGAAACAAUGUCCAGAUUUUAAGAUACAAUGUCCAGAUAUUCCUGAACUUCUGGGGUUAUGAUCCGUAGAGUAGCAUGGAAGCUUUUCACAAAGUAUCAACUUUGUAGGUAUUAGCUGUGAAGGUUUGCAAAGCUGUGAAAUGUUUGUCCAAAGUUCAAUAUUUGUCCAAAAUUCUGUAGGCUGUCUUAUCUAAUCUUGAACCCCUAAAGGCUUUAUCUAAUAUUGAACCCCUAAAGGUGACCCUAAAGUCACAGGUUGGUAGCCACUGAGAAAUCAAGACACGCUAUCGUACACUAUAACUCAGACCGCUCAUGUUUUUCUAGAUUGCUGCAAUAUAUUCAUUGAUUAUGUAAGCAAACCAAAGAUGUACAGACCAGCCUGGUACGAGAGUGACAAUUUGGUUAGCUUUCUUAUUAACCUGUAUUGUCGUAAUGUAUUUAUUAAUGAUUCAUCUACAAAUAGAUAUGAUUAUAGUGAUUAUAAAAAUAAUUGAAAUGUAAAUAACUGUUACUCCACUUUUACAGGGUAUUAUGACAUGAUCUUAAGAAGCAAUUUGAAUAAACAAAACUUUAUACUUGA